AUGGAGAUUGGAGACUUGAAAGACCACUACCACUUCUUCCACAGUCGGACAAUAAAGAGGUCGACUUUGUCCAGUCGUGGACGCCAUAGUUUCAUUUCAAUGGAGCCCAAGGUGGAAUGGAUACAGCAGCAGGUGGUCAGGAGGAGGAUCAAGAGGGAUUACAAUCCGGCCCCGCCACUCUCUCUGUCAAGCCACGCCCACAGUCCAGCGGCCCAAAACAACAUAUUCUAUAACGAUGCCAAGUGGAGCAGUAUGUGGUAUAUUCACUGUAACGACGACGCCCACAACUGCCAGUCGGACAUGAACAUCAUGGGGGCGUGGAAAAGAGGCUACACGGGCAAAGAUGUGGUGGUGACCAUUCUGGAUGACGGCAUCGAGCGCAACCACCCUGACCUUGCUCAGAACUACGACCACCAAGCAAGCUUUGACGUCAACGGCAAUGACAAUGAUCCCAUGCCACGAUACGACGCAACCAACGAGAACAAACACGGGACACGGUGUGCAGGAGAAGUUGCCGCGUCAGCAAACAACUCCCACUGCAUUGUGGGAAUUGCCUACAAUGCCAGAAUAGGAGGUGUGCGCAUGCUGGACGGGGACGUAACGGACAUGGUCGAAGCCAAAUCUCUCAGCCUGCAGCCGCAGCACAUCGACAUCUACAGCGCCAGCUGGGGGCCCGACGAUGACGGCAAGACGGUGGACGGACCGGCGUCUUUGGCCAGGCAGGCUUUUGAGAAUGGCAUCCGCAUGGGGAGGAAGGGGCGGGGCUCAAUCUUCGUGUGGGCUUCCGGCAACGGCGGCCGGAGCCAGGACCACUGCUCUUGUGACGGCUACACCAACUCCAUCUACACCAUCUCCAUCUCCAGCACGGCGGAGAGCGGACGCAAGCCCUGGUACCUGGAGGAGUGCUCGUCCACCCUGACUACUACCUACAGCAGCGGCGAGAAUUACGACCGAAAGAUCAUCACGACAGACUUGAGGCACCGGUGCACCGACAGUCACACUGGCACGUCGGCCUCGGCCCCCAUGGCUGCAGCCAUUGUGGCCCUGGCUCUGGAAGCAAACCCUCUUCUAACUUGGAGAGAUGUUCAGCACAUCAUUGUAAAGACUUCCCGAGCCGGACAUCUCAGUGCUCCAGACUGGAAGACCAAUGCCGCUGGUUAUAACGUCAGUCACCUGUACGGUUUUGGCUUGAUGGAUGCUGAGGCCAUGGUGAAAGAAGCCGAGCGGUGGAAGCAAGUUCCUUCUCAGCACGUCUGCGUGGAGAGUGCUGACCGACAGAUCAGAACUAUUCGUCCGGAGCACAUGGUGCGUUCUGUGUACAAGGCCACAGGCUGUACCGACAACCCCAACCACCAUGUUAUCUACCUGGAGCAUGUGGUGGUACGCAUCACCAUCACGCACCCGCGGCGUGGAGACCUGUCAAUCAACCUGACCUCGCCUUCGGGGACCAAGUCACAGCUGCUCGCCAAAAGGUUGUUUGAUCACUCCAUGGAGGGUUUCAAAAACUGGGAGUUCAUGACCACCCACUGCUGGGGAGAGAAAGCAGCAGGCGACUGGGUCCUGGAAAUUUAUGAUUCACCUUCUCAACUACGCAGCCAGAAAGUACCUGGCAAGCUGAAAGAGUGGUCCUUGGUGCUCUAUGGAACCUCUGUGCACCCUUACUCGUCUCUACGUAGCGAUAAGCCUCGCUCCACCGACAUGCUGACACCCAUUGAUGAGGAAGAGGAGUACAACGGUCCGUGUGAUUCUGAAUGCAAUGAGAGCGGCUGCGAAGGCCCUGGCCCGCACCACUGCAUAGACUGCCUGCACUUCUUCCUCAAGUUCAAGAACAACACCCGAAUGUGCGUAUCGGAGUGCCCGAGCAGCUUCUUCCGGGACGACAGGAGGCGCUGCAAGAAGUGCUCGUCGCUGUGCGAGACCUGCGUCGGUAGCCGCAGCGACCAGUGCACCACCUGCAGGCCUGGCUUCCACCUCAACGAGGGCUCCAACACGUGCGUGGCCACCUGCGGCGACAGCUUCUACCUCGACCUUGAUUCCAACAUCUGCAGGAGGUGUCCGGAGAACUGCAAGAAGUGCACCGCCUCUAAUAUCUGCACGGAAUGCAAACCAGGCACCAGUUUACAAGGCAACAAGUGUCAGAUGACGUGUGAUGCGGGUUCCUAUUACAACGGCCACAGAAGGACUUGCGAGCCCUGUCAUCGUGCCUGUGCCACCUGCGCAGGCACUGGUAUAGAAGCGUGCACCAAGUGUGCCGACAGCUACUUGCUGGAGGACUGGCGCUGUGUGUCCACUUGCAGCAACGGCUACUACCUGUUUGAACAGACGUCCGACAGCGGCCAGGUGCAGAGGUCCUGUAAGAAGUGCGAUCAUAGCUGCUACGAGUGCCUGGGGCCCGGUGAAAGGAACUGCAGCAGCUGCGUCAGCGGUUACAAUCUGGAGGCGGGAGCCUGCGUGGUCAGCACCAUCUGCAAAGAUGCAACUGAAGAAUCUUGGGCGGAAGGCAGCUUCUGCGUGCUCGUUAAAAAGAACAAUCUUUGCCAGAGGAAAGUUCUGCAGCAACUGUGCUGCAGAACGUGCUCGCAAAAGGGCUGACGGGACGGCUGAGCGCGCUGGCGGCGUGGCGUGGCGUGGCGGGGGGAGGGGGGAGGAUGUGAGGGCGACACACUCCCCUCGACUAAGCCAAACCCUCGGCCCCAAUUUUUGCCCACUCAUUACCAGUCGCAUAAUUUAUAAAGGAAUCUGUGCCUCUUAAAGGGACUGCAUGGGAGGUGCGAAGACAGGACUACAACACACCUACCUUUUUUUUGUUUUUUCCGUACUGGCACGCACGCGGUCAGGGUGUACAAUGACUGGAAAUUUUCCUUACAAACAAAAACAAAGUGUCGGUAUUUUGUGACCAAAGCAUCAAUGCCAAAAUAAUUGAAUCUUUUAAUUAUUUUUGUUGCCAGUGUAGCGUGCAUCGCUAAAACCUGUGAAUCUCUGAAUACAUCUGUGUGCAUAGUUUUUUUUUUUGUUUUUGUUUUUUUUUAAAUUCUGGCUCCUCCUGAAAAGAUGGAACUAGGACAGCUUCUUUCUGCCUGUAAAUAUACAGUAGUGUACGUCAAAAGAGCAACAACAACAAACAAAAAAAAAAACAAUGUGAAAAUCAUGACUGUCUGGGCCUACAGUACGAGGGAACACACACACAUUUACAAAAAAAAAUAAAGAUGAAGUCGUACACUUGAAGUCAUCACGCUCCAACAUUGAUGACCAAAAUCACCUGAUUCUUACAAAUACAUUCAUUAAAUGGGGGAUGGGCAUUUGACGAAGCAAUAAUGAAUUAAUCAGUUAUUCUUAAAGGGACAGUACACUGCAAAAAGUCAGUGUUUAAAAACAAGAGACAAGAAAUACAAAAAUUAGGGCUAUUUUAUUUGAACUAAGCAAAAUGAUCUGCCAGUAGUAAAGCCAAGUAAAAUUAGCUAACCUCAAUGAACCCAAAAAUACCUUUAAAAUAAGUAUAUUCUCACUAAUAACAAGUGUACUACUAUAUUAGUGCAUAUUUUCUAUAAUUUUUAUUGAAAAUAAAACUGCAAAAGUCCAUUUGGCUGUCAUCUGUUUUAAUUAUGAGACACAAUUUGAAUUAAUCGGUUAUUCUUAAAGGGACAGUACACUGCAAAAAGUCAGUGGUAAAAAACAAGAGAAAAAAAAUACAAAAAUGAGGGGUAUUUUAUUUGAACUAAGCAAAAUUAUCUGCCAAUAGAACAAGACUAUUCAAGACUUUCCAAAACAAGUAAAAUUAGCUAACCUCAAUGAACCCAAAAAUACCUUAAAAUAAGUAUAUUCUCACUAAUAACAAGUGUGCUACUAUAUAAGUGCGUAUUUUCUAUUAUUUUAUUGAAAAUAAAACCGCAAAAGUCCAUUUGGCUGUCAUCUGUUUUAAUUAUGAGACACAAUUUGAAUUAAUCAGUUAUUCUUAAAGGGACAGUACACUGCAAAAAGUCAGUGUUAAAAAACAAGAGAAAAAAAAAUACAAAAAUUAAGGGUAUUUUAUUUGAACUAAGCAAAAUUAUCUGCCAAUAGAACAAGACUAUUCAAGACUUUCCAAAACAAGUCAAAUUAGCUAACCUCAAUGAACCCAAAAAUACCUUAAAAUAAGUAUAUUCUCACUAAUAACAAGUGUGCUACUAUAUAAGUGCGUAUUUUCUAUUAUUUUAUUGAAAAUAAAACCGCAAAAGUCCAUUUGGCUGUCAUCUGUUUUAAUUAGGAGACACAAUUUGAAUUAAUCAGUUAUUCUUAAAGGGACAGUACACUGCAAAAAGUCAGUGUUUAAAAACAAGAGACAAAAAAUACAAAAAUUAGGGCUAUUUUAUUUGAACUAAGCAAAAUGAUCUGCCAAUAGUAAAGCCAAGUAAAAUUAGCUAACCUCAAUGAACCCAAAAAUACCUUUAAAAUGAGUAUAUUCUCACUAAUAAGUGUACUACUAUAUUAGUGCAUAUUUUCUAUAAUUUUUAUUGAAAAUAAAACCGCAAAAGUCCAUUUGGCUGUCAUCUGUUUUAAUUAUGAGACCCAAUUUGAAUUAAUCAGUUAUUCUUAAAGGGACAGUACACUGCAAAAAGUCAGUGUUUAAAAACAAGAGACAAAAAAUACAAAAAUUAGGGCUAUUUUAUUUAAACUAAGCAAAAUUAUCUGCCAAUAGAACAAGACUAUUCAAGACUUUCCAAAACAAGUCAAAUUAGCUAACCUCAAUGAACCCAAAAAUACCUUAAAAUAAGUAUAUUCUCACUAAUAACAAGUGUACUACUAUAUUAGUGCAUAUUUUCUAUUAUUUUAUUGAAAAUAAAACCGCAAAAGUCCAUUUGGCUGUCAUCUGUUUUAAUUAUGAGACACAAUUUGAAUUAAUCAGUUAUUCUUAAAGGGACAGUACACUGCAAAAAGUCAGUGUUAAAAAAACAAGAGAAAAAACAACAAAAAUUAGGAGUAUUUUAAUUGAACUAAGCAAAAUUAUCUGCCAAUAGAACAAGACUAUUCAAGACUUUCCAAAACAAGUAAAAUUAGCUAACCUCAAUGAACCCAAAAAUACCUUUAAAAUAAGUAUAUUCUCACUAAUAACAAGUGUACUACUAUAUUAGUGCGUAUUUUCUAUUAUUUAAUUGAAAAUAAAACCGCAAAAGUCCAUUUGGCUGUCAUCUGUUUUAAUUAGGAGACACAAUUUGAAUUAAUCAGUUAUUCUUAAAGGGACAGUACACUGCAAAAAGUCAGUGUUUAAAAACAAGAGACAAAAAAUACAAAAAUUAGGGCUAUUUUAUUUGAACUAAGCAAAAUGAUCUGCCAAUAGUAAAGCCAAGUAAAAUUAGCUAACCUCAAUGAACCCAAAAAUACCUUUAAAAUGAGUAUAUUCUCACUAAUAAGUGUACUACUAUAUUAGUGCAUAUUUUCUAUAAUUUUUAUUGAAAAUAAAACCGCAAAAGUCCAUUUGGCUGUCAUCUGUUUUAAUUAUGAGACCCAAUUUGAAUUAAUCAGUUAUUCUUAAAGGGACAGUACACUGCAAAAAGUCAGUGUUUAAAAACAAGAGACAAAAAAUACAAAAAUUAGGGCUAUUUUAUUUAAACUAAGCAAAAUUAUCUGCCAAUAGAACAAGACUAUUCAAGACUUUCCAAAACAAGUCAAAUUAGCUAACCUCAAUGAACCCAAAAAUACCUUAAAAUAAGUAUAUUCUCACUAAUAACAAGUGUACUACUAUAUUAGUGCAUAUUUUCUAUUAUUUUAUUGAAAAUAAAACCGCAAAAGUCCAUUUGGCUGUCAUCUGUUUUAAUUAUGAGACACAAUUUGAAUUAAUCAGUUAUUCUUAAAGGGACAGUACACUGCAAAAAGUCAGUGUUAAAAAAACAAGAGAAAAAACAACAAAAAUUAGGAGUAUUUUAAUUGAACUAAGCAAAAUUAUCUGCCAAUAGAACAAGACUAUUCAAGACUUUCCAAAACAAGUAAAAUUAGCUAACCUCAAUGAACCCAAAAAUACCUUUAAAAUAAGUAUAUUCUCACUAAUAACAAGUGUACUACUAUAUUAGUGCGUAUUUUCUAUUAUUUAAUUGAAAAUAAAACCGCAAAAGUCCAUUUGGCUGUGAUCUGUUUUAAUUAUGAGACACAAUUUGAAUUAAUCAGUUAUUCUUAAAGGGACAGUACACUGCAAAAAGUCAGUGUUCAAAAACAAGAGAAAAAAAUAAAUAAAAAAUUAGGCUAUUUUAUUUGAACUAAGCAAAAUUAUCUGCCAAUAGAACAAGACUAUUCAAGACUUUCCAAAACAAGUCAAAUUAGCUAACCUCAAUGAACCCAAAAAUACCUUUAAAAUAAGUAUAUUCUCACCAAUAACAAGUGUACUACUAUAUUAGUGCGUAUUUUCUAUUAUUUUAUUGAAAAUAAAACCGUAAAAGUCCAUUUGGCUGUCAUCUGUUUUAAUUAUGAGACCCAAUUUGAAUUAAUCAGUUAUUCUUAAAGGGACAGUACACUGCAAAAAGUCAGUGUUCAAAAACAAGAGAAAAAAAAUACAAAAAUUAGGGGUAUUUUAUUUUAACUAAGCAAAAUUAUCUGCCAAUAGAACAAGACUAUUCAAGACUUUCCAAAACAAGUCAAAUUAGCUAACCUCAGUGAACCCAAAAAUACCUUUAAAAUAAGUAUAUUCUCACUAAUAACAAGUGUACUACUAUAUUAGUGCGUAUUUUCUAUUAUUUUAUUGAAAAUAAAACCGUAAAAGUUCAUUUGGCUGUCAUCUGUUUUAAUUAUGAGACCCAAUUUGAAUUAAUCAGUUAUUCUUAAAGGGACAGUACACUGCAAAAAGUCAGUGUUAAAAAACAAGAGAAAAAAAAAUACAAAAAUUAGGGGUAUUUUAUUUGAACUAAGCAAAAUUAUCUGCCAAUAGAACAAGACUAUUUAAGACUUUCCAAAACAAGUAAAAUUAGCUAACCUCAAUGAACCCAAAAAUACCUUAAAAUAAGUAUAUUCUCACUAAUAACAAGUGUACUACUAUAUUAGUGCGUAUUUUCUAUUAUUUUAUUGAAAAUAAAACCGCAAAAGUCCAUUUGGCUGUCAUCUGUUUUAAUUAUGAGACCCAAUUUGAAUUAAUCAGUUAUUCUUAAAGGGACAGUACACUGCAAAAAGUCAGUGGUAAAAAACAAGAGAAAAAAAAUACAAAAAUGAGGGGUAUUUUAUUUGAACUAAGCAAAAUUAUCUGCCAAUAGAACAAGACUAUUCAAGACUUUCCAAAACAAGUCAAAUUAGCUAACCUCAAUGAACCCAAAAAUACCUUUAAAAUAA